AUGUUGCUUUCUCUUUCUCUUUCUCCAAUUUUCCGAUUUCUUCAACCAUGUUCGUGCCUCCAUUACGAAAACCAAACUAGUUGUUCAAUUUCAAUACCUAGAUGCAGAAUCAACCCUAGAAUCUACACCAACAGAAAGCGGCAUGAUAGUAAAGGAAGAGGUGGCAAUAGAAUAACGGUAAUUGUUAAAGCAAGGCGUGGCGAGUCGCCGUAUGAGGUUUUGGGAUUGUCUCCUUCCGCGUCUGUGGUUGAUAUAAAGAAAGCGUAUCGGAAACUCGCUCUCAAGUAUCAUCCUGAUGUUAAUAAAGAGAAUAAUGCACAGGAGAAAUUUUUGAGGAUAAAACAUGCAUACAAUACGUUGCUAAAUUCUUCACGUAGAAAGUAUGAUUCUGGAAACCGUGGUUCUAGUUCUUCUCAAAGAAGCCAAAGUUGGAAUCCACAAGCUGAAGAAGAAUUUUAUGGAUUAGGUAAUUUUUUGAGAGAUGUUGAAAUAACAAUAGGAGACUUCUUUAAGGAUCUUCAAGAAGAAUUCAAGAACUGGGAAGCCAGUGCGGCUUCACAAGGAAAACCAAAGAGCCUAUGGGAGGAAUUGUCGGAAAUAGGAGAAGAGUUUGUGGGGUUCCUUGAGAAAGAACUUAAUAUUGUUGAACCAAAUGGAAAUCCUCAAGGAGAAAAUCCAUCUAAUUUAUAUGGCGCAGAGACACCAAGCAACGAGACUCAAGGUGAAGCUAGCAAGGAAAACAGAAGUGUUGAGGAUAACCUUGAUGAAGUAGAAGCUGCUCUUGCUAAGUUAAAAAAGGAGUUAGGUUUAUAG